AUGAGCGGCGAUACCUUCUGGGAUCGCGCAAAAGCUCGGCUUGUCCCGUGGUUAGAAGAGAACCGCGGCCUUGUGAUUCUCAUCUUUGUUUUGCCGGCCAGCUUGGUUUUCGACCUCUUCGUCCGCUUCCGCGUCUGGCUGAACCGAGCGUUUUUGCAGAAGCAUCCCACACACGAAUCGCGGGUACAGGAGAUUCAGGAUCGGGUAACAGCCUGGCGCACACAGCCCACCAAAGAUCGAAAAUUGCUAUGCACGGCUCGCCCGAAUUGGCAGAGCUUGUCUACCACUUUUUUCGAUAAGACAAAAAUGCAUCAAGUACCCGUGGAUUUGCACGAUAUUCUGAGCAUUGAUGAGCAGAAUUUGACGGUUACUGCCGAGCCUAAUGUCACUGUUCGAGAGGCCUGCAAGUAUUUGAUACCGAAGGGCUACACCCUGGCGGUAACCCUCGAGAUUGGUGACGCUACCCUGGGCGGCCUGGCUUUUGGUGUGGGAAUGACAACACAUUCGCAUAAGGUCGGACUCUACCAGGAGACGAUCGUCGAGUACGAGGUGGUCACCGGGGAUGGGAAGGUCGUCAAAGUUACAGCCGACAACGAGCACUCCGAUCUCUUUUAUUGUCUGCCAUGGUCCCACGGGACGCUUGGCCUUCUGACCUCGUUGAAGUUGAAGCUCGUCCGCGUCAAGCCAUAUGUCCAUAUGACUUAUUUACCGAUGCGCCAACAAGAAACCCUGUGCCGACAGCUGAUGAAGCUUUCCGGCGGCAUCGACAAGGACUUCCAAACCCCCGAUUUCCUCGAGGCCACCGUCUACGACAAGGAUAAGGCCGUCGUUAUGGUCGGAACUUUCGCAGAGGUCGACACGCUCAAGAAGUGGUGGAAAAUCAACGAUGUCUGUAGAUGGUGGAAGCCGUGGUUCUACAAAUAUGUCGAGACCAAGUUCCAGGCUGGCGGCUCGGAAUACAUUCCACUCGAGUCCUACUUACUCCGCCAUAACCGCGCCAUUUUCUGGGUGGUUGAGGACAUGAUUCCAUUUGGAAAUCAUCCGCUUUUCAGAGCUCUCUUCGGCUGGCUUCUCCCUCCCAAGCCCGCCUUCCUCAAGUUCACCACAACGAAAGCGGUCCGCGAGAUGACGUUUGCAAAGCAAGUAUUCCAAGACAUUGUAAUGCCUCUCGAUACCCUGGAUGAGCAGAUCGAGCGUGCCGUCGAGCUGUUCGAAAAGUAUCCACUGCUCGUCUACCCAUGUCGAGUGUAUGAUCACCAACGGGGUGCACAGGGACAGUUACGAGCCCCUCCAAAGCACCGCCUCGUCCCCGGCACUAACUACGCCAUGUUCAACGACUUGGGCGUGUACGGUACCCCAGGACAGGUGAAAGACCACAAAUUCUACAACCCGACGCAUGCGAUGCGGGAGAUGGAGAAAUUCACUCGCGAUGUCGGCGGCUACUCCUUCCUCUAUGCCGACAUCUUCAUGACGGAGGCUGAAUUCAGGGAAAUGUUCGAUUUGGAGCUGUAUGAAAAGGUACGAGAACGAUACCACUGCAACGAUGCUUUCCCGUCACUUUACGAGAAGGUCCGCCCGGAAAUAGAUGUGAUCGAGAUUGGGAACGAGUUUGCGAAGAAGCAGAAU